AGUCACGUGAGGGUGGGCGGUGGCGGUGGAGGUUUGUCUCAGCUGUUUGUCCGUCUCGAUGGUUGUCAGAAGUGGGCGGUUUUGACGCGGGAGCUGGAGCUUGAUCGUGAACGGGAUGUUUCGUCUUAAAUCACUUGCUGCAUUGGCUGAAUUGGCUGUGCACUCUCGAUGGCACCAUGCAGGAUCACAGCCUCCACAGACCAGGCGACAACUAAUGAUAGUGGCUUUCCUGGGAGCAUCUGCAGUAACCGCCAGCACUGGUCUCUUGUGGAAGAGGGCCUAUGCAGAAGCUCCACCAUCUGUAAACAACCUUAAGACUGAACUUGGUGAUAGAAGGAAGAAAAAAGAUGGAGAAGUUUGUGACCAAGAAAAAAAGGCUGAAGGUCUUUGUGUUGAUUCUUAUCCAGAAGAGAAAAAGAAGAAACGUUCUGGAUUUAGAGACAGAAAAGUGAUGGAAUAUGAAAACAGGAUUCGAGCAUAUUCCACACCAGACAAAAUCUUCCGGUAUUUUGCCACCUUAAAAGUAAUCAACGAGCCUGGUGAAUCUGAAGUGUUUAUGACUCCACAAGAUUUUGUGCGAUCCAUAACACCCAAUGAAAAACAACCAGAAAACUUGGGCCUGGAUCAGUAUAUAAUAAAACGCUUUGAUGGAAAGGAUUUCUGGCAGACAGAGAAAAUUGCUCAGGAACGAGAAAAAUUUGCUGAUGAAGGCAGCAUCUUUUACACCCUUGGAGAAUGUGGACUCAUUUCCUUUUCAGACUAUAUUUUCCUUACAACUGUUCUUUCUACUCCUCAGAGAAAUUUUGAGAUUGCCUUUAAGAUGUUUGACUUGAAUGGAGAUGGAGAAGUAGACAUGGAAGAGUUUGAACAGGUUCAAAGCAUCAUUCGCUCCCAAACCAGUAUGGGUAUGCGUCACAGAGAUCGGCCUACUACUGGUAACACCCUGAAGACAGGUCUAUGUUCAGCCCUCACAACCUACUUUUUUGGAGCGGAUCUUAAAGGAAAACUAACAAUCAAAAACUUCCUUGAAUUUCAGCGGAAACUUCAACAUGAUGUUCUGAAGCUAGAGUUUGAACGCCAUGACCCUGUGGAUGGGAGAAUUACUGAACGGCAGUUUGGUGGCAUGCUGCUGGCCUACAGUGGAGUGCAGUCCAAAAAGUUGACUGCCAUGCAAAAGCAGCUUAAGAAGCACUUCAAAGAUGGAAAGGGUCUGACAUUUCAGGAGGUGGAGAACUUCUUUACUUUCCUAAAGAAUAUUAAUGAUGUGGACACUGCAUUGAGCUUCUAUCAUAUGGCUGGGGCAUCUCUUGAUAAAGUGACCAUGCAGCAGGUGGCCAGGACAGUAGCUAAAGUGGAACUCUCAGACCAUGUGUGUGAUGUGGUGUUUGCGCUUUUUGACUGUGACGGCAAUGGGGAGCUGAGCAAUAAAGAAUUUGUCUCCAUCAUGAAGCAACGACUGAUGAGAGGCCUGGAGAAGCCCAAAGACAUGGGCUUCACCCGCCUCAUGCAGGCCAUGUGGAAAUGUGCACAGGAAACCGCCUGGGACUUUGCUUUGCCCAAACAUUAACCCAAAUGUGCAAGAGGGGCCACCUUCUCUACCCCAACACCCUUGAGGUAGAGCAGAGACUUGGCACAGCCUUUCCUGCUGUCACUUUGGAAAGUAGUGCUUACUUCCCCUGGGAAUGGUCUCAGAAUCCAGUUUCCCUUCUCCACCCUUCCUGUCCCAGUGUUCUGCUGGGUUCUGAUUCUGCCCAUUGAUUAUCCCCACUGCUUCUCAAAAACAACAGUUCCUAAAAGCUGGCACCUGCAGUAGCAUUUCACAUAGAAGCACCCUAUGGAUAAAGAAUUCAGGGAACUAUCUGCAAACCUGCCAACCCUGGGAAACAUCCAGUUCCCAACUCAUUUUUGCCUGGAUUUGUAUUAAGAACAUUCCUUGCUUUUCCUGCUGCUGGUGUUUUCAAGCUACAAGUUGGCAAAACCUCUGGCAGGCAAGAGGAAGUCUGUGAUGAAUGAUAAUGAGAAUGACCCAGGCACCCUGAGCUGGCAGGAAGCCUGGGCAAGAGGAAGGAUGUGUGUCCUUCCCCAGCGUGGCUCUGAGACCAGCUCUGGGAAAGUGAUGUGCACGGUGGAAACGGAACAAGCUGGGAAUAUAAAGCAGCUGCUCCGUGGCUCUUUCUAUUCACCUCUCUUACUCUCAGGCUCCCUCAGAAGACUCCAUCUCAACUCUCUGCUUAAUGAGCACCAGUGAUUGAGUUCAUGUUCCCUGAAAGCACCACUUCCUCCCCACCCCCACCCCCAGGAGUGUGCCUCUGAAGCAGAGACCUGGCUCAGAGUCUUUCUGCCCUCUGUCUUAACUACUUGUAAAAUAUCACUUUAAUUAUAACAGUUUGCAGUAAACCCUCC